GUUAGCAGUCUAGUGUAUAUAUUGAUGUCUAUGGUUGCGCUACUGUAUAUAAUGUAACAUUAGUUGCCUGUAAUAUUGGAUUUUAUCUUAUAUAGUUGGUGCUGCUGCUAGGUUAAGUUACAGAAGUUGCUUAAUUUUAAACAAAACGCAUUUUAUAACUAAAACAGAUAUAUAAUAAAUUCAAAAAGCUAUGUCAGACACGGCUGAAAAGGUUAUCAAAUGUAAAGCUGCUGUAGCAUGGAGACAAAAAGAGCCUUUAUCUUUAGAAGAGAUUGAGGUAGCACCACCAAAAGCACAUGAAGUCCGAAUUAAAAUGAUAGCUAUAGCAGUUUGUCAUACAGAUGCUUAUACUUUAGAUGGAUUGGAUCCAGAAGGAAUAUUUCCUUGCAUACUUGGUCAUGAAGGCAGUGGCAUUGUAGAAAGUAUUGGAGAAGAUGUUAUUGAGUUUCAGCCUGGUGAUCAUGUUAUACCACUUUAUAUUCCCCAAUGUAACAAUUGUAAAUUUUGCAAAUCACCGAAAACGAAUUUAUGCAGCAAAAUUCGUGAAACUCAAGGUAAAGGUUUAAUGCCUGAUGGUACAUCUCGUUUCACAUGUAAGGGACAAACAAUUGCACAUUUUAUGGGUUGUUCUACCUUUUCUGAAUAUACAGUGGUAGCUGAUAUUUCUCUCGCAAAGAUUAAUCCGAUAGCACCAUUGGACAAAGUUUGCUUAUUAGGUUGCGGAGUAUCUACAGGCUAUGGUGCAGCUUUAAAUACUGCAAAGGUAGAACCUGGAAGUACUUGUGCUAUAUGGGGCUUAGGAGCUGUUGGUCUUGCUGUAGCAUUUGGGUGCAAGAAAUCUGGUGCAUCUCGUAUUAUUGGAAUAGAUAUUAAUCCAGCUAAAUUUGAGCAAGCUAAAAUUUUUGGAUGUACAGAAUUUAUUAAUCCUAAAAAUUAUAAUAAAUCUAUUCAACAAGUUUUAAUCGAGAUGACUGAUGGAGGAUUGGAUUAUACCUUCGAAUGCAUUGGAAAUGUAAAUACUAUGAGGGCUGCAUUGGAAUCUUGCCACAAGGGAUGGGGUGUAUCCACAAUAAUAGGAGUAGCUGCAGCUGGACAGGAAAUUAGUACUAGACCAUUCCAAUUGGUUACAGGACGAGUAUGGAAAGGUACUGCAUUUGGCGGAUGGAAAUCAAAGCAAAGCGUACCGAAAUUGGUAGAAGAAUAUUUAUCAAAAAAGUUGAUCCUUGAUGAAUUUAUUACUCACAAUUUUCCCUUUGAAAAAAUUAAUGAAAGUUUUGAUGUAUUGCAUUCAGGGAAUUGUUUGAGAGCUGUUCUUAAAUAUUAAUAAUAUAUUAUUUUGUAAAAUAUAUCCUAUCAAAAGAUUUGUGGGCAUGUCUCUUUACAAUUUAUAUAAAAAAAAGGUGCAGAAUAUUACACACAUAUCUCUGAAUUGU